AUGACCAUGCCUCGGGUUCUCAUACAGUCUCCAAUUGUGCCGAACAUCCAUACGAUGAUAGAUACGACGCCACUGCCCCCCCGACAGACUGGCUUGCAGCCUGCGCCUCGGGCGACCGUUCGUACUCCCACCGACGUCGCUCCUCCCCCUGUCGGGAACCUUCCGGAGGCAGCUACAGGAGUCGACGAGGAGGCGCCUCCGGAUGGUCUCCAGCGCAUGUCCCUCGUGCAGGACUUUGGCGAACAGCCAGCGUCUCAAGUCCCCACCCUCAAGGAGGACAUCAUCAGCUAUCGGCUCGAUUGCCUCUCGGACGAAGUCGAGCGGCUCAGGCUCCUCCUCAAGAAUCUUCAAAACGUAUUUGAGGACAGCACCAUCGAGCGCGUUAAGAACCUCAGAACAGACUUAAUGACCAAGGCGGGCAAUACCGAGCGUCGUUUGGGCGGGGAGAUUGCCGCCUUGAAGACUCGCAUUGACAACGAGCAUCUCGAUUUGCAGCAGCGCACUCACGAUAAGUUUGUCUCCAUGGAGUCGCACGUUACGCAUCGCGUGCAGAAAGUCCUGGACGACAUGCACAAGCGGUUCCUCGCCGACGUGGAAGCGCAAGUUGCUGCCGCCCUGCAAACUUUCCAAGAGGAGCUGAAGGUUUACGCCGCUGCCAACCAGGAGCGGUUCAACCAGAUCAUCCAGAUGCUGCUGGAUGGGCGCGGGCAGGCGACAGUUUAG